AUGGCCGCGGGGCGCCACGGGGGGUACAGGGGCUACGAGGUGGCGAGGGAGCGAGAGCUCGACCUGGAGGCUGCUAGAAGGGGCAAAGAGUACCAUCACCGCCAUCGCCACCCGAGCCGCCACAGCGACUCGGACGACCGUCGUGAUGGCGGCCGGAGCCGGGACCGGGAGCUGUCGAAUGGGUACAGCCGUCGUCACUCGCCGCAUCUGCCACCCAAGAGCCGGCCGUCAGGAAGGAGGGAGGAGAGGGAGCCCGGCGAGGUCUCAAGCAGAAGUGGCUCCGAGGAAUCUUUUGGGCGCCCUCUGAAGCCAAGGGAGACGAGUGUGAAUGGUGUUCCUGUAGCCAGGAGGGAAGGAGGUGCAAUGUCCCCAAGUAAGAAAAGGAAGCACUCACCGGUUAUUUUGGACAGGAAUGGUUCAAAGCCUCGCGUUCAAGAUAUUGUGAAGAGCACGAAAGAGGUAGACACUUUGGUUGCCGAGCUCCCAGAUGUUAGCACCACGGCCAGCAUGGAUUUGGAUGUAUCAGUUGAUAUACAACACGAUGAAAGACUACAAGAGCAUGGCAAUAAUAGGAUUAUGGAGGAGGAGGAGGAGGAUGGUUAUCCAAUAACGAGAAACAUUAUGACUUCACGAUGGGCAGAUGCUGAUGGUGAGGAAGAGAUUGUGCCCAAGAAGAAGAAAAGCGUGUCACCACAACAAGGGUCCACAAAGAAAGUUGCAAGCCCGGAGCUUGGAGAGUUGGUGGUUGGAAGCUCAGGAGGGGACUCAGUGUCUUCUGACUCAGGGGUAGUACGGGGUAGUGCGAAUGGGGAUCUUGAAGUAGAUAAGGGUGACUGCAUUGUUGAGAAGGAUGCUGGUGAUGAUUCUUCUGUUGUUCAUAUGCUGGAUAUUGAUUCCGAGAGUCAUGCUUGUAGGUCUAGAAUCCUAGAGCCCGCACGGUCGUCACGUAGGUGCAUUAACAUGCUUCAGGGUUGUAGGAGUGUUGAUGAAUUUGAGAGGCUCAAUACAAUCAAUGAGGGUACAUAUGGAAUUGUAUCUAGGGCGAAGGAUCUGAAAACUGGCGAGACUGUUGCAUUGAAGAAGGUCAAGAUGGAGAAAGAACGGGAAGGUUUUCCACUGACUUCUCUCAGGGAAAUAAAUAUCCUGUUAUCAUUCCACCACCCUUCAAUAGUUGAUGUCCAGGAAAUAGUUGUUGGGAGCGGUGAUAGCACUUAUAUGGUGAUGGAGUAUAUGGAACAUGAUCUUAAGGCUGUCAUGGAGACUAUGAAGCAGCCUUAUAGUCAAAGCGAGGUCAAAUGUUUGAUGCUUCAGCUGCUAGAGGGUGUGAAGUAUCUUCAUGACAAUUGGGUCAUUCACAGGGAUCUCAAGACAUCUAAUAUUCUCUUGAACAACCGCGGUGAGCUGAAAAUAUGUGAUUUUGGACUCUCUCGUCAAUAUGGCAGCCCACUAAAGCCUUACACUCAACUGGUUGUGACUUUGUGGUACAGGGCUCCAGAACUACUGUUAGGAGCAAAGGAGUAUUCUACAGCUAUUGAUAUGUGGUCAUUAGGAUGCAUCAUGGCAGAGCUUUUGACAAAAAAGCCACUAUUCAAUGGUAAACGUGACAUUGACCAACUUAGUAAGAUUAUUCAAAUGCUUGGUACACCUAACGAGAGUAUAUGGCCUGGUUAUUCCAAAUUGCCUGGCGCCAGAGCCAAAUUUCCCAAACAACCGUACAAUAAAUUAAGGGAAAAAUUUCCAGCUGUAUCUUUCACUGGUGGGCUGACGUUGUCAGAAGCUGGAUUUGACCUGCUGAACAGAAUGCUGACGUAUGACCCUGAGACGCGCAUAUCAGCAGAUGCUGCCUUGAAUCAUGAAUGGUUCCGUGAAGUACCCUUGCCUCAAUCGAGGGAUUUCAUGCCAACAUUUCCGUCUCUAAAUGAACAAGACAGGCGUAUGAAAAAAUGUAUGAGGAGUCCUGAUCCUCUGGAGGAGCAACGGAUGAAAGAACAAGGGAGCAUAGGGGACCGUGGCAUUUUUGGCUGAGCUUAGACCAUUUCUUUUGGUUUGCUGCUGAUGUCAAUGGAUCUAUGCAGGUGCAUGUAUUCCAAGGUGAGAUGCCCACUGGAUAUGAAGUAUGUCGUCUUCUUGGUGUCUGGCGUCAGCUGAUGAUCUUCUUUGGCAGCCAUGGGUACAAAAUUAAGAAGAUAAUAUUUCUCCUUAAGUUCCAUGCUAGGCACUGUUUCAUUGCAGGGUUAGCUCUUUCUCAACUUCUGAUCACAAUGAGCUCUUUCACAACUUCUGGUCACAACUAAUCUACAUGUGCAAUAUAAGGUGUGCAACUCUAAUCCACCUGCAUCGUAUGGUCUGGCUUAUUGACUGCUAUUGAGUACACCAGUUCCACAUCCGAAACUUCUGUAUGUAAAGUAUUAAAGUGAUUCCUUGUAACAAUGAUCAAUGAAAUUUUCUCACUUUAUUUUGUCUGUGUUACUAGCACAUUUUCUUUUGAUCUUUGCAUUUUGUUUGCAAGAGAUGAAUGAAGCGAAGAGGGAGAGUACCUUUUGCUUGUUCCCGAGGAAACUGAUGCAUAGUAAUGCAAAUUGUAAGAUUUCACAAUUUCCUGGAUAUGUAAAGGGCUGAAAACAAUGACGUGCAAGUGCUUGGCCCUUAAAAGAGUUGCACAGAUGGGAUAUUAUCUUCUCAUAAUACUGGCAUGUAGGGGAGUUAAAAAAUGGUUUGGAUUGGAAAUGUGAAAACCAGCUAUUCAAUAUUUUGUACAAUGCUGCCGGUGGGUUUGCAAUCUUUGAAGGGAAUUGGCCUGGGCUGCUCUCAGCCGGUUUCCACAGUUUCAGACCAAACCGUAUAUGAACAGCCUCGCUUUACUUUUCAAUUUAUUGAGCUAGUCUGUUUCCGUUGCUACAGUUUCAACUUUGUGCAGUUUAUCUGGUGAUAAACAUACAUGUGAUUCUAUAUUCUGAUUGAUGUCCAUGCUUGAAUUUGUCAGAGUGAAUCAAGUUUCUUUGUAGAUAGCAUAGAUGAUUCUGUUCGUCAAUUUUAACUUUGAAGUGCGACUACUUGUACUGCAAACACUUCUUGGGAAGUUGAUUGAGCUCACUAUAAGUGUUCUGUGACACGUCUGCAGCUUAAGCUGUGGCUAUAUCAAGACAGGAAGCUCGAGUGCUGUCAGCUUACUGUGCCUAAUUGACUUCCUUUGUGGAAGGUCUCCUUUUUCCCAGGUCUGUUACUCUUGUGAACCUUAGUGGUCAGUCUACUAUCCUAUCUUGGUAAUGCUUCAUGCUAGUAGUUUUUUUAAUUACUAUUCAUCUGUUCCUUGGUUGACAAAUAGAUUAUUUUUUCUUAAAUCUGUUAAUAUCAGGCGCAUUAUUUUUUGUUCGCUCCUGUGUGGAAGAAUGAAGUUUCUUCAUAAAGUUUUGGUAUUUAAGUCAAAAUUUCUUUACUCAUAUAUAAAAGGCUCAAUUGGUGAUGGUGGUCGUCGCCUUGGAGUGCUUCACUUAUUGGUUUGGCAAAAAUCAUUGCUACGAGAACAGAUAUAAACAAUAUCAUCUACUCCCAUCUGUUUCUAAAUAUGUGUACAUUGGGAUUGCCUUAAGUCAAACUUUAUCAACUUUGACUAACUUUGUAGGAAAAAACACCAACAUAUGGAUCACCAAACUAGUAUAAUUAGGACUACUAUUAAAUAUAUUUUCACAUCACAUUUGUUUCAUAUUCAUACUCCCUCCGUUCCUAAGAAUAGGGCGUAUUUUGUUUCCUUCGACCGAGCCUGACCAAGAAGUAGUCUAUUAAUAUAUAUAUUUUGUAAAAUAAAAUUUAUAUCAUUGCAUUCAUAUUCAAAAGUACUUCUUUAUGGUUAUGAUUUGUAUCACAUAAGUCACACGUUGAUUGAGUAAUCCUUGGUCAAAGGAAACAAAAUACGCCCUAUUUUUAGGAACAGAGGUAGUAUGUUGUUAUUUGUCUACAAAGAUACGUCAAAUUUGAUGAAGUUUGACUUAGGACAGCCCCAAAUGUACAGAUAUAUAGAAACGGAGGGAGUAAGAUAAUACUAGAUAGUACAACAAUCUCUUUAAACAUGUAGUGUAUCUUUUAGUCCGUGGCAACAAAGACGAGAACGGAUAUAAACCACAUGAUCUAAGAUAAUACUAGAUGACAGUACAACGAUCGAUUAUGGAUAUAGUGUUUCCUUUUUAUUUUAUUUUUUGCUUCGUAGCAAUGCAUGGAUAUUGUGCUAGUUUGAGCUAAAUACCAAAGUUUACCAAGAAAUAUUCCUAACUCCUCUUCCGAACAGGCACAUAGUGUUGCUAUAUUAUUUUUCUUAAAGGGCAGUUUGUUUUUGCUGGUAAAUCAUUUUCUAGGAUGAACGCUAUCUUCCUCUUUUCUUCGCUCCUGUAAAGAUCUUUGUUGGUGGUCAUCCAUUCAGUCCACCAAGACACCGCUUGCUGAUCACAGUGACCUAUUCUAUCAAGCACAUGUAUGCAUCACAAUCUUUGGACUACAGUUGAUUUGAUGUAUUUAGCGCAGUGGGAAUUGCACCGCGGGUCACAAAACUUGGCAAGUGGGUAUAGUUUAGUCCGACAAGUCGUAAAUCUUGUAUUUUUAUCAUUCAACUUGGCAUUUGUGUUCGCCACGGUCAAAUUUUCUCUUUCCGGUGCUAAACUGGCCACAUGGCAGCAGACGUGUACAUAGUCCAUCAACUGGAGUGUUUUGUAGCAAAUUAUGUUAGCGUCAUUUUACAAUGAAUCCCCAUAUUGUAAAUUGCCUUCCACUUGCGGUCUAGUCCCGAGGGGAGGCCUAUUUUAUCUCCUGCUCGCUGCAUGUGAGGAUAAGUCAAACUGAUUUGGUAGCGACGAGCCGGUGGUCAAGUGUGUGCGGUCGCUGCUAGAGGUUAGAACCACAUUGAUGACAUCCUGAAUCCUGAUACUGUCCACCUUGUUAACGUUAGUGCUUUGGCUGCUCUUGUAUCUCGGUUUGGGCCAAGGUCGACUUGGGGAGAAUGGGGAAUUUGGGCCGGGCCCGUGGGUGGAGCUAGAAUUAGAAGGAUGGGGGUUCAUUGUAAAACUAAGACGACCAAAUUUGCUAAACAAAUCAGUCCACAACCUACAUACACGUCAUUGCACAAACGGCCAGUGUAGUGUCGGAAAGGGAGAUUUGUAGUGCUGGUGAACUGGAAUGCUAAGUUGUGCAACCAAAAUGAAGGAUUUACAAGUUGUUAGACUAAAUUGUACAUAUGUGCCAAGUUUAUGGUUCAUUGUAAAAUUGAGAUCACCAAGUUUGCUAAAUAAAAUCAGUCCAUAACCUACAUACAUGUCAAUGCCCACACAGCCAGUGUGGCGUCGGAAAGGGAUAUCUGGACUGCACGUGAACCGGAAUGUUAAGUUGUGCAAUCGAAAUGAAGGGAUUUACAAGUUAUUGGACUCAACUGUAUCUAUGUAGUGAUCCACUGGAAUUUCCUCUUCAGCACAAAAUUGACGAGUAUGAGGGCACAUGCAUUUGAACAACUCAUGCAUUACACAAGCACUUAAACAAUGCGUGCAAUAUACAUGUCCAUUUAGCUAGUUAUGAAUACACAUACUUGCUCUGGCAUGAUGAAACUUAGUUACUACUCCCUCCGUCCCAUAUUAUUUGUCUCAAAUUUGUCCAAAUAUGAACGUAUCUAUGCCUAAAAAGCGUCUAGAUACAUGUAAUAUUUCGACAAUUAAUAUGUGACGGAGGGAGUAUUAAUUUGAUAUAAAUUUGUGGAUUCUAGAUUGUGUACUUUUGCAGGAAAAGUCAUGGAGGCCGUUAAACAAGGGAAGCUGACUGGUUUCAUUUUCCCUAAAUAACACUAGUUUCCUUAAUGUUCUGACAAGAUGAGACUGAACUACGUUCAGGUGCAGGACUAUUCCUUGUUCAACUUUUCUCCCAAGGGUGGAUUCUAUCCAGUCCUCAUGCAGCUCUUCUCUUAUAUUUGCAACUACCCCUAUCCCCUGAAACCUUGAUUCAUUGGCUGUUGCUUGGCUAUCAUUUCUUCUAGGAAUAUACUGCUUCUGUUUACAUGUUAUGCCAUGAAACUGCAUGGAAAUGACAUGGUUGAUUUCUGUUUUCUAGUGACCUAGGUUAGGUUGCCUAUUUAGCAAUAAAUAAAUAGCUAGUUCUUAGUUUUGUUCUUGACAUACCACCCCCUCUAUAUAUUCAAUUUAUGUUGUGGUAAUUCUAUUUGUGGUUGCCGCCAGUAGUUAUGUCCCUUUUGUUAUGUGGACUUUGUCGAACAUUUGUUGGAUAACUGCAACAGUUAGUUGAAACCCUGGUAGUUGCUUUCUUUUACCCUGCGCGUAAAUGGCACCGCUGGUGGAAAAGAGAGUCAAAAGCAUGUCGGUAUUAGGGAAUAUACUUGUGCUCAGCUGCUGCAGAUGGAAAUCUUGCAGCACAGGCAACCUCUGCUAUGCAUUCUACAACAAAUCUGAAGGUACCUUUUCGGAACAACAUACGUUGUGAACUGAAAUGCUAUUUGGCUUCGUUGUUAAUCUUGUCUCUAUUUUGUUGUUUUCAUCAAUUUCAAUAUCAAGGUAAAUUCUUCUGCAGCCUCAGAUUUCUCGAAUGCAAAAUGUCUAGAAAUAGAAGAAUGACAAUAGGCUUUUAUUGAACAAGCCUUUGGAGCCUUGAGAAGUUGCAAGGUCUGCACCGUUAUUUGAUUAUAUCCUCUGCUCAUCUAGUGGGAAUUGAACUUUACUUUGUGAAACAUUUAUUAGCUUUGUGUGGAUUAGGGUGUUUAAGGUGGAGAAGUACACUUGUACCUUAUAUAUUGUAUUCAAUCCUAGUAUUAUAUGUAGUUGCAUCAUUCAUGCAACCCACAGGGCCAGGCUGAGGUGAUCAAAUCCAAGACAACCCAACUAUGCACUUACUACGGCCUGAAGGCUGUGUGGUUGCACGCUCAAGUAAAUUCUUAUUUCCAAAUAAUAUUAAACCGUCUGGGCUAGAUCUUUCUGUCAAAAAGUUUGCUGACAGCUCUAGAUACAUUUCUUCUCUUCAGAGAUUCAUGUAACCAUGUUACCUUGUUUAAAUCUGCAGUUUGUUCUAUUUAUAUGCCCUUGCAAAGUCUGCUCAAAUCAUUCAAGGUAUGUGAAUUAGCGGUGCAUAGGCAAACAAGCUUAAUGUAGUAUAGCUGCCUCUUCUGUGGUCUAUCCUGCAUUUUGACCAUUUGCAGGCAUCAGAGUAUGUCUGGAUUUGCAUGGCUCUGGGAUUUGGCCCAGUCGGUUUUGUAUCCAAAAUCGUGGGAGUCUUCUAAGAGUGGAAAUUCUUACUUGGAAGGUUCUGUAGCUGUUUCUGUCAAAAUUUGUUAGUCGUAAUUAACUGGUGUCCAUAUUAGAUCAGCCUAGUAUUUGUACAGUGUGUAGUGUGUAGUGGGAGCAGUGUGAUUGCAUUUUUCAAUUCUAGACUGCUAGUAUUUAGACGAUGAUGAAACUGCUCCAGAAAAGUUGCGAUUCUUCAAUCCUCUGGCACGAUAUUUGGUCUGUUUAUUGUCAUUUAUGAACUUUGCGAGUAGUAUCAUUUUGGAAAACAUUACUCCCUGAUAUCGCGCGGUCGUUUUUGCGAAAAAAACCCUGACAAAUUUCCGACAUAACCGUUCAGUCCUCGCUCAUCUUCCUCCCCGCGGGCUCGUCUUCCUCGCAGCGCUCCCUCGCUGCAGCUCCGCUCGCACGCGCAGAUCCCCGGCGCUGCUCCCCUCGCCCGAUGGAUAGCUCGCCUUGGUUUCCCCCCCCCACGGGCUGCUCCCGCUCCGCUACCCCGUGCUGCGCCCCCCUCCCCUGUCCAAGAUUUGAUUAUUCCGGCGAUGGGCUGGUACUGCGGUUCGAGCUGAGCAUAGGGAGAGGCCGUGAAGGUUGCACCUCUGCCGCCGCUCCUCGUCCCGCUGCCGGCCGCCGACCGCGCCGACGCGUGGGGCAAGGAUUGGAGUAUUUCUACUCCGCUCCGUCGUGCUGCCCAGGAGGCGGACACAUGGUCCCCCACCGCUGGGAUCUUCGCCGCCGGCGACCCCCUGCUCACCACAUGCGCUUCCUUCCUCGACGCCUUGCUCACCACAGCCGCAGAUGCUGAUAUUGUGUGUGAAUCUGGAUCAAAAGGCCUGCACCAUCAUAUAGGCAUGCAUAUUUGCAUAAAUUAAGGGACAUUACAAGGUAAACACUGAACUGGCAGUGUUGUUGCUUCCAGUUUCUGACUGUUCUGCAUUGCCAUAAUGUUGUUGCUUCCAGUUUCUUAUUGUUCUGCAUUGCUUAGCAUGGGUAAACACUGAACUGGCAGCUCCUAUUUGCAUAGGUUAUUGUUCCAAUGACCUGAUGUGUAACUGUUCUAACCAGUUAACUCUGCAGCCAUGUACCACUAAUGUACAUGUACCAGUUAACUCACAACAUAACCAGCCUCAAUCUCUUUUUGCUAGAGAAAAGAAGAAAAAAGGCAUCGCUUCCAGUGCCACACUUUAGUUGUUAGCUAGCACAGGAGAACUAACAACAGAUCAAACAAUGAACAACGGAACAGUGAAAAGAAAACCAGGACUGCAUCAACAUGGUGAACAAAAUGCCUGAUAAACAAAUUAAAUUCAGUUUGCUGCUCUGAUAAACAACUGUAAUUUGGUUACAAGUAUGGUCUUGUUACAAGAGACAAUAUAUUGCUGAACUGCUGGAGGAACCACAUGUAUUGAAUUGGUGCUUGAACAUAGUUCUAUGGUGCUGCAAUACCACAGGAGGAUCCUUUGCAUCUGUAAUUUGGUUACAGGAGGAACAACAUAUAUUGAACAACUGUUUGGUGGUUUACUUCUCCAGAUAAGUACUUGACUGUUCUUGACUGAUCUGUAAUUUGGUUCAGCUAGCAUGUUCAGUUAACUGUUCUUGACUGAUUUUGGUUGCGAAAUUGAACCCGACGCAUGCUCUGCAGGGAGUGAAAUUGAAUCUCGUCCUCGUCCAGGUCUUCGGCGACCUCCUUCCUUGGCGGAGCGGCGGCAGACGGCGAGGGGCUGCAGAGGAGGGAGCUGCGGACGGGGGGGAGAAUGACGGCGGGAGCGGCGAGGGGGCUGUGGAGGAGAGAGCUGCAGACGCGCGCGGGGAAGCGGCGCGGCUAGCAGGCCUGCCGGCGACCUCCUUCUUCGGCUAGCAGGCCCGCCGGCGACCUCCUUCCUCCUCCGCCGAGCUCUGGCGGGAGGCCGGCGGGAACUCCGGUCGCGCGAGGGCAACGGGAGGCCGGUGCGAGCUCUGGCGGCGCGAGGGCAGGGGGAGGCCGACGGGAGAUACGGCUGCACGUGGGCAGCGGGAGCUCCAGCUGCGCGAGGCCAGCAGGACGGCGACGGACAGAGGUCAAGAUUUCAGUUUGAAUUUGAGAUAUGAAUUAAAAAUUUCAAAGUUGAGGGAUAUUUUUGCAAAUUUUCAUUUGAACUGGAAGGGGGGAAGCUGCGACAUCCUUUCAUGGAGAGGGAGUAGUACAUUUUCAACGUGAAUAAACAUGUGAAACAGUUCUAAGAAACAUGACGAGUACAAAAUAAAGAAAUUGUAUCAGCACAAAAACUAGUGGAAACUGCAACGCAGCCACUAUUGGCUCCUUCCACAUCAUUCAGCUGGUUUCAGCUGCCAAUCACUGCCCGUGCAUGCCAGCAACCGAUAUGUAAUUUUCCGGAUAUGUAAUCACAUGCAGCAUACAUGUUUUUU